AUGGUAAAGCCCUAUAGGAAAGAUUGGAGCACUAGAUUAGGGGAUGCCUUGUGGGCCUACCGAACUGCCUAUAAGACUCUAAUAGGCAUGAGUCCCUUCUGGUUGGUCUAUGGCAAAGCUUGUCAUCUCCCAGUUGAGAUAGAGCAUAAAGCCUAUUGGGCAAUUAAGGAGUGCAACAUGGGGUUGCAAAAGGCAGGUGUAGAAAGGAAGCAACAAUUGGAAGAUUUAGAGUGUUUGAGGUUGGAGGCUUACGAUAAUACCCGCAUAUACAAAGAAAGAACUAAAGCGGUGUAUGAUCGGCAUAUCAAGAGGAUGGAAUUCCGAGUGGGAUAUUUGGUGCUACUAUACAACUCAAGGUUGAGUUUGCUAUCCAGAAAGUUCAGAUCAAGAUGGGAUGGUCUGUAUAUUGUUGAUAAAGUUGAUCCUUAUAGAGUUGUUCACUUACGUCAUCUCAAGUUAUACCAUCAUACCAAUCCCAAGAGUGACAAGGGGGUGAAAAUUUUCUUCUUGAAGGAUCCGCUCGGAGCUUGCAAAUGA